AUGCCCCGCCCAAUCACCCGACAAGAAGUCCUCGACCGUCUUCGCAAAACCAUAGCAGAUGGUUCCAUCAUCAUCGGUGCGGGAGCCGGAAUCGGCCUCUCCGCCAAAUUCAUCGAAAAAGGCGGCGCCGAUCUAAUCCUAGUCUACAACUCGGGCCGAUUCCGCAUGGCAGGCCGAGGCUCUCUCGCAGGCAUGAUGCCCUAUUCAGACGCCAACGCCGUGGUGGUCGAAAUGUCCAACGAAGUCCUCCCCCUCAUCCAAAACACCCCGGUCCUCGCGGGCGUCUGCGGCACCGACCCCUUCCGAGACAUGCGGACCUUCCUGCGCCAACUACGGGACAUCGGGUUCGUGGGGGUGCAGAACUUCCCGACAGUCGGUCUGAUCGAUGGGAACUUCCGCGCGAAUCUGGAAGAGACGGGGAUGGGAUAUGAGAAGGAAGUGGAGAUGAUUCGCAUCGCUAGGGAGAUGGAUCUGGUGACGACGCCGUACGUGUUCAAUGUGAAGGAAGGAGAGAUGAUGGCGCGCGCGGGCGCGGAUGUGAUUGUGGUGCAUGUGGGAUUGACGACGAGUGGGACGAUUGGGGCGCAGACGGCGUUGACGUUGGAUGAGUGUGUCAAGGUGGUGCAGGAGGUGCGGGAUGCGGUGGUGAAGGUGAAUCCGGAGGUGAUUGUGUUGUGUCAUGGGGGGCCGUUGGCGGGGCCGGAGGAUGCGGAGUAUGUGUUGAAGAGGUGUAAGGGUGUGCAUGGGUUCUUUGGGGCGAGUAGUAUGGAGAGGUUGCCUGUUGAGGUGGCGUUGGAGGAGAAUGCGAGGAAGUUUAAGGAGAUUCAGUUGUAA